AUGCAAGCUGCCUUGUUUUCAUUUCGAUCGUAUUUCGAUGUUGGGACAUUUGCAGCGAAGAGUGUCAGAGCUGCGGUUGGUUUGCAUCCUCUAGUAAGCUACGUAUUCGAAUGGAAACUGUUCAGAAUUCCACUGUUUUUCGCCUUCGUCAAAGAAGAAGGAAAUCUGUUUCGAAAUGUGUUCAUCUACAUUUAUAAUCGUAUAAACCAGAAAAAUGACACGUUGGAUCGUCCAUUACUUAACGAUGGAUUACGAUCGAAAAAAGCCCGAUUUGUACGGAAGUAUAGCGCAACUUCAGCGUUAGGUACAAUAUACUUUUUCUCAUGUAAUGCAUGCGGCGAGGAAUAUAUCGGGGAAACGGGUAGACCACUUUGUGUCCGCAUGAAAGAACAUCUAGAUGGGAAAGCUAAAAUCCGUCUUAACACUCCUCUAGGUCAGAAAUCAUUGUCAGACGAACAGCGUCGUGUUUUUAUCGCUGGUGUAUUGUUUUUCAUAUUGUACAUUCUUCUUUCGUCAUUCUUCUUCUCAGUUUCUACUGAAUUCGACUACUUCACGUCUGUGUACUUUCUUUUCAACAGUGUUGCUCUAAUCGGUUUCGGUGAUGUCUUUCCACGUGAUCCACGAACAAUACUGGUGAACGCGGUGUUUAUUGUGUUCGGCGUGGUAUUGUUCUCGAUGUGUUACUUCAUCCUUCAAGAGGAAAUUCGCAACAAAGCAUUUGAAGCGUCACGAAAAGCACGGAUUUCCAUUUCUAAGUACUCGCACACCAUAUUGCAACAUGCAUCAAGAGGUGCGUGGUCACGUCGUAAUUCACCGCUUCUGGAUGCGAAUUCAGAGAGCGCAUUCGAUCGACUUCGUAAACGGCGUCAAUCGGCGCCAGUUUUGACACUUACGGUACCAUCAGAGAUUUCUCGGGAGGUGUAA